AUGCUGUUAGAUUCAUUCGGUGUUGUUGGUUUAAGAGAGUCAGAUCAGGUGAUAGAACAAUCAGAGCUUCGAAUUUCGUUGAUUAACACAAUCCGAAUGGAGUAUUUGAACCUAAUUUUUGGAUUCCUUCAACUCUAUGUUAUUUCCUGCGUCCAUGACUCCGGUUCACAGUUCAGUGAAACUGCUUAUAGAAAGACGAUUAAGCGUUCGCCAAUUAUUAACGAGGGUGUAUUCGUAUUGCCAGACACAAGGACCUUAGACGAGCUCUAUAACCUUGCAUUGGAAGAAGGUGGUAAACUUGUAGUGUACGCUGGCGGUGAUGCUCCUGAUCAACAGGAAGGUAAUCGAGCCGGUUUCGAAGCUGCCUUUCCUGGCAUUCAAGUCGAAAUGAUUGUAGACUUUAGCAAGUAUCAUGAUGCUAGAAUCGAUUAUCAAUUACGCAAUGGUACGCUAGUCGUAGAUGUCGCACAACUGCAAACUCUUCAAGACUUUCCGCGAUGGAAAAAUGAGGGCGCGUUAUUGAUGUACAAACCGAUCGGUUGGGAGCAUAUCUACGAUCAAUUGAAAGAUCCAGACGGAGCCUUUACUGGAGUGUUUAUGGAUGCAUUCACUACGAAUGUUAACACAGAACUGCUGCCUGAAAAUUCAUCUUGGCCGGUAGAAGCAAAUGACUAUUUGAAACCCGAAUUCAAAAACAAAUUGGUGGUUACUUAUCCUAACGACGAUGAUGCGGUACUGUUUUGGUUUAAGCAAGUCGUCGACAAGUAUGGAUUCACAUAUUUGGAACAAUUCAAAGCGCAAAGCCCAAAAUUUGUUAGAGGAACAGCUACUGCUAUUAACAUCGUUGCGAAUUCAAGUCAAGGGUAUGUAGCAACAAUGAGUGCUGACGGAGGCAUAAACUCCCAAGAAAAGUACGGCACUUCUGUUCCAAGAUUUAUCCUGCCAGAAAAAGAUCCAUUCGUAGUGUGGGCACAGACCGCAGCUAUUUUCAAUAAGGCUAAACAUCCGGAAACUGCUAAAUUGUAUAUAAGCUGGCUAGUGGAUAAAACACAACAAGAACAACCUGCGGCGUGGUCAUGGUCAGUUCGUGAUGAUGUGGAUGUACCAGAUGGAUUCAAAUCGAUUUGGGGUUAUCCUAAUGGAAACAUCACCGCUUUUCUCAAAUUUAUGAAGGAUCGUGAAGCAGUGGAAAUAUUCAAAAAUCAAAUCGGAUUGAUUUUUGGUCAAGUUGAAGGAUGCAAUCCAAAUGAUCCUGAUGGUAAAUUUGGUAUGAAUCCCGUCAUUGGCUACCGUCCUGCCACUACCUCAAAUAUUACCACUACCUCAAAUAUUACCACUACCUCAAAUAUUACCACUACCUCAAAUAUUACCACUACCUCAAAUAUUAUCACUACCUCAAAUAUUACCACGGCAAAUUAA